UCAUAUUACAUUUUAUUAUCACUUUAAAGCAUAGCCAUGAACGCGACAAAAAUACAAAACGAACGAAAACGAAUUGCCCAGGUUAUUCGUACGACAGCGUGGGUAAUGUUGAUCAUCGGGAUACUGGUCGUUUCCUCUGGGUUUGUGAUUAAAAGCGAAUACAGUAAGGUUAACUGGAUCAAGCACGACCAAAAAUACAUAGACAAUCGCUGCUUGCCUAAAAUACGAGAUCUCUACGAGCAAUAUUGGUGUGGCUUUUUGGUUUGUAUGACACUAGGGUAAUUUUAGUAGAUUGAUUCGGGGAUAAACGUAGUUUGCUGUUACAUAACAUGGUCUUUAAAAAUAUUACACUCGCGAGGUCAACUGAAAGUUAGUGAUUUGUUUAGCACACGAAAUGUGUCAUGCUUUUUUUUUCACUAACAAAAAUUAUUUAGCUGAGAGCGAAAGACCACGCGAGGCUCUUAGCUCAGCCAGCAAGUUACUCUCGUGUGCGGAUAGUUUUUCGUCAGGAGAGUAUAGGAGAUAUUAUAGGAUAGUAUAGGAGAGUAUAGGAUAGUUUUUCGUCAUGAGAGUACAGUAUUUAUUCGCCUUCAGUGGCAGGUUUCUCACGUGUGAGGAUGGUUUUGGGCUGAUUUAACUGCCUCGCAAGGUCGUUAGCUCAGCUGAUAACUCUCGUGUCAGGUCGCCCGUACGUAAUGUGUGGGUGGGCCCACUCAGCUUAAUUAUGCAUGGGGCGGCAGACUUGAUGGAGUUGAUUAUGUACACACGGAAGUAGUGCCUGUGUCUCAAUAACUAAAAUAACCCAAUAUCCAUGCUUAUUAGGAAAAUGUUUAGUUUUUUUAGGAAAAUCACACCGUCUAUUAAGAUUUAAACUGCCAGGUGGGGAGCAGGCCAGCAGGGGAGGCAGCAGGCCAGCAGAGGAGGCAGCUGCCUCUCUUUGCUUAUUCUUAAGAACGGAACUAUGCGAGUAAACACCUCUGGCUGUUUAAUAAGUUGCUCUUAGGUCGACGUCAAAUGCGGACAUUUUCAGGGUAAAACUCGAAGAACUCCGAAAAGAGAAUUCCCCCCUUCUCCGUUGUGUAGGUUUCUUUUACCAGUCUUAUUCUCCUUGCCAACUACAGUUCAUGGUCUUCCAUAGAAAAACAACUUCCGACACUUUUAAAGCAGAAUUUUUCUCGGGUGUUAUGAUUCUCCUGUCGAUGCUCUCCGGGUUGGCAGUCAUGAGCCAGGAUGGAGGAACUUUGGGAAGAGUUCGCCAAUAUGAUUUGAACAGCGCCUAUUGCGAAGAAUACGAUGAAGAGAACCACCAAGCGAACAAGUUUCAUUUCCAUCAGAUAUUACAUUGGUUGUACUUGAUUAUUUUGUCGGCAAAUGCCCUAGUGGUGGUGUGUAUCGUGCUAAUCAUGGCGUUCCUCGCUAACUGGAUCCUGGACACAAUAUUGAGUGCUUUAAAUCCUGAGCAAAAAAACUCUGAAGACGAUCAACCACCACCUGAGUACCUACUUGAACAUGUUGCAAGUUGUAGCGACGACGUAGGACAAGAUGAUAUACCCCUACAAGCCAAUGAACUUGCAUCCCUUGUAACAACAUAGUCACAACGCGAUAGUGAAGAGGAAUACAAACAACGACCAUAAAAACAACGAUGACAACAACAAACAACAAGAUGUAUAAAAUAGGGAAAGUUAUCUCAUAUGAAAUGAAUCUUGAUUUCUCAUCGAUGCCGAUUUUAUGGGAAUUGACAUUUCCAUAAUUUCUGGCACUAGUUUGACUGUCUUCCAAAUUAAAUUCAGCAAAAAUAU